GAAUUCAUUCAUAUAUAAAUAGGCCAUCUAAGCCACUGUUCAAUCAUGCAUCAGAGUUGUUUGGAGCUUUUUACGUACUUACGUAACAGGUUUACUCUCAAAGAUGGAUGAUGCUGGUGGAAAGUCCAGUACUAAGUAUGAGUGCUUGCUCUUUGAUAUGGAUGAUACUUUGUACCCUAUGAGCUCAGGUCUCAACUUGGCUUGUCGCAAGAACAUAGAAGAAUACAUGUUGCGACACUUGCAUAUUGAUGAAAAUGAAGUUGCUAAGAUGUGCUUGGACCUGUAUAGGGAAUAUGGGACGACCAUGGCUGGUCUAAAGGCUCUUGGCUAUGAAUUUGAUGAUGAUCAGUUUCAUGCUUACGUUCAUGGAAACUUACCAUACGAUGCUCUGAAACCCGACCCAGUGCUAAGGAACCUUCUACUUUCUAUGCCACAGCGCAAAAUAAUCUUCACUAAUGCGGACAAAGCACAUGCAGCACAAGUCCUGAGCAGACUGGACUUGGAAGAUUGUUUCGAUGGUGUGAUAUGCUUUGAAACUCUUAAUCCCAAUCCCUCUUCCAAACCAGUUGAUUACAUGAACUGUAGUGUAGAUGAAGACAAAGAAGACCUUGUGCCCACACAAGGUGAAGAGGGUGAAUUAGAGUGCGCCCCCACUGAUGAUACUCAUGACCGUAACAGUUUAGCACCCAAGUUACCCAUUCUCUGUAAACCCUCAGUGGAAGCUAUUGAAGCCGCCAUUCGGAUUGCAAAUGUUGAUCCAAAGAAAACAAUUUUCUUUGAUGAUAGUGCAAGGAACAUUGCAACUGGGAAGGCAGCUGGGCUUCACACAGUCAUUGUAGGGAGCCCAACGCUGGUGCCUGGAGCAGACCACGCCCUGAAUAGCAUCCACAAUAUCAAAGAGGCACUGCCUGAAAUAUGGGAAAGUGAAAACGAAGAAGGAGAGCAGGUAGAGCAAGUCAUCCAAUCCACUCCUGUCGAAACUAUAGUCCUUGCAUAGGCUUCCGUCUCCCCUCCCACGCAAAAAAUAGUUGUUCCUAGCCUCUACUUGGCUAGUGUUGUCCCCAAAUUGAUACAUCUAUACUCACAGUAAGAUGAAGUUAGUUUACAAGUUUUGGGACAAAUCGACAAUAAAAUUUUGCCUAUCUCUUCUUGAAUUACAUAAAACCUGCUCAGGUGAUCAAUUUAAAUUUCCA